CAACCGUAACCCUCCCAUCCUUUCCUUUUCCUGCCGUUUUCUUUUUUAUUUCUUUGUGUCCAAUUUUCGAUUCUGGCUCCAUCUAGGAAAGAUUCCAGAUAGUUUCGAGCACUUUUCUUGGACCCUUUUCAAUCAAGCAUAAUCAUCAAAAAUGGUGUCUUCGUCCAAGGAAAAGAGACUCGCCAAGAAGGCCGCCGAGGGCAAGGAGCCCAAGAAGACGGUUGCCUCUCGCUCCAAGGCGGGGUCCAAGGCCGGCUCUAAGGUCGCUAGCGCCACCGGCUCCGUCAACGGCGAUGAGCCCGAACUCGAUGCCAAUGGAAACCCCAUCGUGAGCGACGAGCCCGCGACAGGCAGCGACAAGGCCGACGAGGUCAAGCGCCUGGCAGACCAGAUGGACAAACAUGGCUUGUCCGACAGAGUCACCACUGGUGUCCUGGCCUCCCUCGAACAGAGCAAGGAUGUCAAGAUUACCAGCGCCAGUCUGGUGUUCCACGGUCGCGUCCUCAUCACCGACACCACUCUCGAGCUCAACUUUGGUCGCCGGUACGGCCUCUUGGGUGAGAACGGAUGCGGCAAGUCUACCAUACUCAAGGCCAUCGCCGCGCGCGAGUACCCCAUCCCGGAGCAUGUCGAUAUCUACCUUCUCAACGAGGGUGCACCACCAAGUGAGCUGGGCGCACUCGAGUGGGUUGUGACAGAGGCCGAGAACGAGCUGAAGCGUCUUGACGCGCUGGCCGAGAAGCUGUUGGAGGAGGAGGGCCCCGAGAGCCCCGUCCUCAUGGACCUUUACGAGCACAUGGACAAGAUGGACCCUUCCACCUUCUCAACCCGUGCAUCCCUUAUUCUUACCGGUCUCGGCUUCAACAAGCAAACCAUCCACAAGAAGACAAAGGACAUGUCCGGUGGCUGGAGGAUGCGUGUUGCUCUGGGCAAGGCCUUGUUCGUCCGACCUUCGCUCCUGCUUCUCGAUGAUCCUACCGCACAUUUGGAUUUGGAGGCCUGUGUGUGGCUUGAGGAGUACCUCAAGAAGUGGGACAGGACACUUGUGCUCGUUUCGCACUCGAUGGACUUUUUGAACGGUGUCUGCACCAACAUGAUCGACAUGCGCAUGAGGCAGUUGAUCUACUACGGUGGUAACUACGACUCGUACAUGAAGACGAGGUCGGAGCAGGAAACCAACCAGAUGAAGGCCUACCACAAGCAGCAGGAGGAAAUUGUUCACAUCAAGAAGUUCAUCGCCAGUGCCGGUACAUACGCCAACUUGGUCAGGCAGGCCAAGUCCAGGCAGAAGAUUCUGGACAAGAUGGAGGCCGAUGGCUUCAUCCAGCCCGUCCACCAGGACAAGGUAUUCACUUUCCGUUUCGCCGAUGUUGAGAAGCUGCCCCCUCCAGUCCUGUCAUUCGACAACGUCUCUUUUGCCUACUCGGGCGAGGCAAAGGAUGAUCUCUACAAGAACCUCGACCUCGGUUUCGACAUGGACUCGAGGACAGCACUGGUGGGCCCCAACGGUGUCGGCAAGUCCACCCUCCUGCGCCUCAUGACGGGCAAGCUUUCUCCCCGUGAAGGUGCCGUUACCAGGCACACGCACUUGAAGAUGGGCCUGUACUCGCAGCACUCGGCCGAGCAGCUCGACCUGACCAAGUCAGCCCUCGACUUUGUGCGUGACAAGUACUCCUCCAAGUCCCAGGACUACCAGUACUGGCGCCAGCAGCUCGGCCGCUACGGUCUUACGGGUGAGGCUCAGACUUCCCUGAUCGGUACAUUGUCCGACGGCCAGAAGAGCAGAAUCGUGUUUGCGCUGUUGGCCAUCGAGAGCCCCAACAUGUUGCUUUUGGACGAGCCCACAAACGGUCUGGAUAUCCCAACGAUCGACAGUUUGGCCGAUGCCAUCAACGCCUUUAGCGGUGGUGUUAUUGUCGUCAGUCACGAUUUCAGGUUGCUUGACAAGAUUGCGAAGCAGAUUUUGGUGUGCGAGAACAAGACCAUCAAGCCUUGGGACGGCACGAUAGGCGAGUACAAGAACUACCUUCGUAAGAAGAUGUUGGCGGCAGGUGCUGUGUAAUGGGUUUGUUGUAACUCGACUAUCUUUUCUUUUAUUCCCGUGUCUCUUGUCUGUUGCGUCAAGAGCUCAAAAGUGCUUUUUGGCUGCCUUUCCUUCUUCUUUCGCAUGGGCAGGGAUGGUUCUUUUGUUUUAUGAGCCCUACGAAGGAAAUGUUACUUUUUUUUUUAUGUCUGCCACAUAGAUUGGGUCGUCUGAUAGAAAUGAUGACCAUCCCCUGCUUUCGAUAUUACGAAGUAGGAUUAAAAUCCUGAACCAUCGUCAUUCGGUUGUAAAAAGUUUGCAGAACGCGGUAAAUGAGAAUGUGCAAAAUAUUAAGUUUGGCAUAAA